UCUCUUCUACGCUGGGCAGAAUCCUUUCACGGGGCGGGAAACUGCCUUUUCGAUCGUUAAAAGGGGCUCGCCUCGUCAUCGCCGUGCGUCCUUUCUCUAACGUCUCUUUUCAUCCGACGAGGGUACUUGCUAGCUUAACGAACAAGGAAAGCUUUUUAUUUUUUUUCGGGUAAUUAAGGAAAUCUUGCGGAAAUAGGAUUUUUUUCGUUUCUUUAAAAAACCUAGAUCAGUUCUUCUGCGCGUUCCCAUUUCGCCAUGGCUUCUCCUCCUCCUCUCUCUCCGCCGCUAUCCGGCCACCACCAUCACCGCCUCCCAAGCGCCGUCGAGGAGCUCCUCGCAAGAAUAUGCCGCGACAAAUCCCUCCCUCCGCCCGAUCCCAUCGCCCGGAGCGAGCUCGCGGCCCUCGGAGAGGAGGCUUCUCUCCGAAUCUUGCACGAUAUUUCCGCCGCUAGGAGCGUCCGGAACCUUUCCGGUUUCAUUAUGUACAUGGCGAGGAACUCCCAUGUUGCUUUGGCUCGGAACGCCGAGGCGCACUCCACCCAGGAGAGUGCGUGCUUCUCGGGGUCGUCGUCCCCUGCCUUGACGUCAAAUAGAGAUGAAUCUACUGCGUGCCCAUUAGAUUGCAAGAUUCCUCAGAGGCAGACGGCAAGCCCCCAGAUGGAAGCAUUGGGCGAACUGGAGUUCAUGAAAGCUUUCUUGAUUUUAAGCUACAUUGGCAAGUCUAGCCUAGAAAAUGCAAUUUCUGUAGGUUUCAUUCAGAGAAUAAAAUUCUUCCCAAUGUCUCUCUUUGAGUUGGAAGUGUGGAGAGAACUUGGUCAUAAGUACAUCUCUGAUUCAGACCGGAGAAAGAAUCUUGACUGGGAUUCAGGAAAGACACAUGUUUAUCAUUGUUGUGUAGAUCUAGAUGGAACCUAUAUAUUCAAGGGCCCAUAUCUUCAAGUCACCAAAACUCACCUACAGCGGGUCUUGGGAGAUGACAAUGUGCUGUUAGUAAAGUUCGUGGAGGAAAUGCGCAGGGAAAAAAGAUCUGCACAUUGUAUUGUCUCUUCUAGUGAUGUUUACCAUAAAAUUGCAAAAGAAGGGAUUCUUGUAGGUUUACGACGUUAUUAUUUUUUUGUUUCCAAAGAUGGAGGCAAAGAGGAGAAGAAGAAAAGCCCAACUUCAUCUCCUGUGAAGUGCUACUUUGUUCGCAUGGAGUCUAGCUGGGCUAUGGAUAAGGAUGAACCUUACAUAUUGUCUGACAAACUAAUACAUGAAGCACGUACUAUUUUCAUGCAUGCACAUACGGUUUCCAGUUUGGCAAAAUAUAUGGCCAGGUUUUCUUUAAUCCUGUCAAAGACCAUCAAGUUAGAUAUUGAUCUCGCAUCUGUUCAUGUCAAGCAGAUUGAAGACAUACCAUGCAUGGAUGAAGAUGGAAACAUUGUGUAUGAUGAAGAUGGUAAACCAAGGAUCCAUACCGAUGGGACUGGGUUUAUUUCAGAGGACUUAGCAAUGAAAUGUCCAGGAAAUAUCUUCAAGGGGCAUUGCUUGAUUCCAGGGGACAUCCAGAAAAUUUUGGAUGGGUCUGGCAUUUUAGAGAGAGAUUCAAGUUCAAGACAAUGCAGAUCUUGUAGUGCUGAACCGCCUUUGCUCAUCCAAUUCCGCUUGUUCAAGGAUGGUAGUGCUGUGAAGGGAACCCUUCUAAUAGACAAACGGCUUCCUCCAAACACUAUUCUUAUACGACCUUCAAUGCUAAAAGUUGAAGCGGAUCCAAGCAUCUCAUACAUCCAAUCUUGCAACUCUUUGGAAGUUGUUGGUUCAAGCAAUCGACCGAAGAGAACAUUUUUAUCGAGGAACAUAAUUGCUCUUCUUCACUAUGGAGGAGUCCCAAAAGAGUACUUUUUGGAACUUCUGAUGAAUGCUCUGGAUGAUGCACAAAAUGUUCAGUACAAUAAACAAGCUGCACUUAGAGUUGCACUUAAGUAUGGGGAUAUGGAUGAUUUUCUUGUGGCAAGAAUGAUUCUUUGUGGAAUUCCACUCGGUGAGCCAUAUUUGCAGUCUCGACUGUUGGUGCUGAGGAGGGAGGAAAUGAAGGCACUCAAGGAAGGAAAACUUCCUGUAAGCGAGUGUUAUUACUUAAUGGGAUCAGUGGAUCCAACCGGAACAUUAAAACCUAAUGAAGUUUGUAUCAUCCUUGAAAAUGGACAUGUUUCUGGAGAUGUUCUUGUUUAUAGGCAACCUGGGCUACACUUUGGUGACAUGCACAUCUUAACUGCCACUUAUGUCAAAGACCUGGAUAAGAUUGUAGGAAAUUCUAAAUAUGCUAUUCUCUUCUCUACAAAAGGGCCACGAUCUUUGGCUGAUGAGAUGGCUGGCGGUGAUUUCGAUGGAGAUAUGUAUUGGGUCUCGAGAAAUCCACAGUUACUAAAAUAUUUUAAAGCUAGCAAACCAUGGGUUCGUACAGCUCCAAGGAUAAAAGUUACUCAGUUGAAGCCUACUCAGUUUUCCAAUACAGAAUUGGAAAGAGAGCUCUUUGAACAAUUCUUAAUCAAUAGAUUUAAGCCCAGUUACACAAUCGGUACGGCAUCAGAUUGUUGGCUGAUGUAUAUGGAUAGGCUGCUGACACUGGGUGAUGAAUGUGCUAAGCAAAAGCAAUUAUUAAGAGAAAAGAUGCUUGAGUUAGUUGAUAUAUAUUAUGAUGCUUUAGAUGCAUCAAAAAGUGGACUGAAGAUUGAAGUUCCCAGUGAGCUGAAGCCCGACCAGUUUCCGAAUUUCAUGGAGAAGAAAUAUUUGGAUAAGGACAAGGAGUAUGAAUCAAAAUCCAUAUUUGGAUUGAUCUAUGAGAAGGUGAAAUUAUCGCAAACAAAGGAUCUUUCAUCCAAUGAAAUAUGGCAACUUCCUUGCUUUAAUUUGGAGAUUCCACCUUCUUGCUUGAAGUCAUGGAAGGAACACUAUACCGAGUACUUAGCAGAGAUGAGCCAGGUUAUGUCCAUGGAACAUGAAUCCAAAGAAUCUAAAGACUGGAUGGCAAAUAAAGUUAUCCAAAAAUAUAAGCAGAUGCUUUAUGGAGCUUCAGAAUUUGAAGAGAGCAACAGGGAACUUGAUGACAUAUUUAAUGAGGCUCUUGCCAUUUAUCAUGUUACUUAUGAAUAUGCAAAGAGUGUCAGGAUUGCUGGCAGGUGCUGCUUUGCAUGGAAUGUUGCAGGGCGUGCUUUGUGUAUGCUCCAUGCAAAGAAACAAAGUCAAUAUUCUUCAAUUUUAUGCUUAUCUUCUGUACUUCGGGAAGUCAUCUGUUAACAGUUUAAUUUACAUAAUGUUGUAAUCCGGCGUAAUGCUAUGAAAGUUCAUUAAGCAGAUGAGAAAGGUGCAUCAGAACAAUAGAUAAGGACAAAGGAGCCUUACCUCCGCUGCCCAAGUGUCAUGCAUUCUUCUGUAUGCUCGUAUGUUUAUGUAAUUCCAUGUUAUUCAUCUUGUAUAUCCACUUAUUGGUUUUUGAGGUCUUCUCCAUGAGCAUUCUCAAUUAUUCGUUCCCUGUAAAUUCUGGAUUCUGUUGUUGGGAAGAUAUUGCUCCUAAUUUAGUUUCCAGACUCCAAAAGCUUAAAACAUGACACUGCUUGAUAUCCA